AUGAUCGCCGUUCUUAUUGGAGGUAAAGAAGCUGUCACCGAGAAUAAUAUCAUGUUACUAGAGUAUCCAAGCAAUUUUAUAUUGGAGAAAUCCAAGGCAAUGGGAGGUAAUCCAACCGAUUGGAAACAUGUUGAAUACAGUGUUGGUCCACACAAAUCAAUUGUUGGAUGUGAUGUCUCUGGUGAGAUAGUUUCCAUGGGACAACAUGUUGACACUACAGAAUUUCAUAUAGGUGAUUAUGAUUUUAGUUUCGCACAUGGUACUUGUUUAAGAAAACCGGAUAAUGGUACAUUUGCAGACUACGUAGCAUUAGAUUCUGAACUAACUUUCAAAUUACCGAAAAAUACAGAAUUCAGUAAUAACGAUGUAAUUUCUGAGGGGAAAGUCAUUUCUUUUGAGGAAGCAGCUUCAAUUCCGUUAUCCUGGUUUACUGCUGGUGGAGCAUUAUUUCACGAAAUGAAAUUAAAAUACGAUUGUGACGCCAAAAAACCUCAAAAUAAAUUUCCAUUAUUUGUCUGGGGUGGUGGUUCAGCAUUGGGGCAGGCAGUUAUUCAACUCGCUAAAAAAUAUCAUGGUUAUACAAAAAUUAUUUCAGUAGCUGGUAGAAAGCAUGAGAAACAACUUUUUGCAUAUGGUGCAGAUGAAGUUUUUGGUUACCAUGAAUCCGAUGUAAUCACACAAAAUAAAAACAAAUAUAAUAACACCCAACAACUAUUUUAUUGUGUUUCAACUUUGGAUACUUUAUAA